UGGUUGGCUCACACUGGUCCACAAGUAACUCUUGUGGUUACAAUUUACACUUUCCAAUCCCAUAAUUCUACUUCUUUGUCUCCUUCCUUCUCCUCUAAAAUACCUUAAUCCUUCUUUGGAUUACUCUUCUUCUUCAUCUCUUCCCCACAAGGUUGUUAUCCAAUGGCUCUUAACGUGAGCAAAGUGGUACCAAACAGUCCAGGUAUAGGGAAGAGUGUUAGUGCGUCAAGAUCUCAAAGAGUUUUGUUGGCGUUUGUUCAUCAUCCUCUAGUUGGUAAAAAGGGUUUAUCUGUUGAAGAGUUAAAGCAAGGUCUUUGUUGUACAAAGACUGUUACUUUUGUUAGUUCUCGGAGAUCUUCUACAUUGUGCUUUGUUGGGAAAUCCCAAGAUACGGAAACAAAUUCUCAAGUUGUACAAAAAGAAGGUGAGAAGCAAGUGGUGCCGAGGAGGAAAAGAAGUAACUCAAGCCAAGUUUUAGUUGAUUAUGUGUCCAAUGAUGCUAAGUUUGUGAAUGAAAGAGCUCGUAGUGACUUUGUUCUUCUAUCUCGUGGCAUUAUGAGACUUGAUGCUCGUGCACGCCAGGAUGUAGCGAUUCUUGGGUCUGGGUUCCUUAAACUGGAUGCUCGGGCAAGAGAAGAUACAGAAAAGAUAGAUCGUGAUGUUAAAAGAAAGGCUGAACGCCUUCAUCAUAUUGCUACUAUAUUAAAAAACAUAGCCGAGUCUAAGUUGAAAAAUGCUGCUGAUAAGCAUUGGAGUGAUGGCGCCUUAGAGGCUGAUUUAAGGCGUGCAGAUUUCCGUGCUAAACAACGGGCAAUGGAGGAUGCAUUAAUGGCUUUAGAGUUCAUCAAGAAUGUUCAUGACCAGAUGGUGAACAAAAUGGUUGACAGCUUAGGGGUUACAUCUGAAACUGGUACCACGGAUCGUAUAUCACUGGAGAAAAAUGGAAAAGCGCUCGAGUUUUUCCCAGGGGAAGUUUCAUCUGAUCGCAUAUCUGCUAUUGAGGAAGCUUACAAGAGUAUGGCAUCAGCACUCUCAGAAGCUGAUGGAAUUGACUACACUGACCCUGAAGAGCUCGAGUUGUUAGUCACGACUUUGAUCGACCUUGAUGCGAUGGAUGGUAAAAGUAGUGCAUCACUCUUGGCUGAAUGCUCAAGCUCUCCAGACGUCAAUACAAGAAAAGCGUUGGCUAAUGCCUUAGCAGCUGCACCAUCCAUGUGGACAUUAGGAAAUGCAGGCAUGGGAGCAUUACAGAGACUCGCUGAAGACAGUAACCCGUCGAUAGCAGCAGCUGCUUCAAGAGCGAUCAUUGCACUGAAGAAGCAAUGGGAAGUAGAGGAAGGAGACUCACUUAGGUUUAUGAUGAACUUCGAGACACCAAAUGACGAUGAUGAUGGAGACAGUGACCAUGAUGACAUCUAAAAAAAUGAAGUUUGUAUAGAUAAUUUGCAAUGAAGGUUAGUGUUACAGAGUCAAGACAAUGUUACUAGGGACUUCGUUGGGGUCAUGUAAUUAAAAGAGGCCAGUUUAGUAUUUGUUGUUGGAUAUGGUCAUAUUCAUAUAUAACCUUUGUACCUUAAAUUGUAUCAAACUAUUAUGUGUUUUGUUUUACCUUCCACAUAAAUAAUAACAUGGGAUAACAAGAA